AUGAACGCUGAUCCCGAGAUCCACGAUGUGAUUAUCGUAGGCGCUGGGCCUUGUGGACUAGGCGUAGCAGCCCGCCUCCACGAAGAAACUCCCUCAGCCGUGUUCACAGACGAAGAGCACCAGCGGUACCAUUGGAUCAAGAAACACACAGGAAAGAUGAACCUUGUCCAAGCAGGCAGUAAGAAGAAGGGCGUCCGAGCCCAGAAAUGGAAUCGCGGGCAGAAACCACCCCCAAGCGAGACCGAAACCAAGCACGAGAACCACAAAGAGCGUCGAGACUCAGCCGACUCCGCUUCUUCCGUCCCAUCUCUCUCUUCAGCCUCCUCUACGAGUUCGGCUGGGUCAAUUUCAACACUUGUCUUAGAUGGCUCGGGCGACCAGUGGAUGCAGCGGUGGAAUAAUGCGUUUCGCACGCUCGAGAUUAAGCAGCUGCGAAGCCCGAUGUUUUUCCAUGUCGACCCAGGUGACCGCGAUGGCAUGCUGGCGUAUGCGCAGGAGACGGGGCGGGAAGAUGACCUCUGGGAGAUCUCCGGGUGCGUGGGCAAGGAGAUGAGCAAGCACAAGAAGAAGAAGCGACGCCAGGGUGGAAAGAACCAAACAAUCGGCGGUGUUGAAAUCGACGAACGGGAUCGGAAAGACUAUUUCUCGCCGUCGACGGGCCUGUUUGCCGACUACUGCGCUUCUAUAACUCACCGAUAUGGGCUUGACGAGCCGGGGACCAUCUUGAAACACGAAGUCACCGAUAUCACUUACGACUACCUUCCGGAAGAUGGAGAUUCUCCGGUGUCAAACUCCAAGAUCUUUACAUUGACUACCUCUUCCGGUCAAAAAUUCUACAGUCGCGCAGCUGUGCUCGCUAUUGGAGCCGGCGGGGCCGGUAUUAACAAGAUCUUCCCGUGGAAGCCCUCAAGCAAGGAAGAAGGCGCCGAGGGGUGCUGUCAUAGCAUGGAAAUAAAGGAAUUCCCCAGUCCUAAUGUACGACAGAAGAUCUCCGCUCGGUGGCAGACGAAUGUGGUGAUCGUGGGAGGUGGGCUUUCGUCUGCACAGAUUUUAGAUAUGGCUGUGCGGAAAGGAGUAACCAAAGUCUGGUUAUUGAUGCGCUCAGGGUUUAAAGUCAAGCAAUUCGAUAUCAGCUUAGCGUGGAUGGGCAAAUACAAGAACUGGGAAAAAGCGGCCUUUUGGUCAGCAGACACCGACGAAGGUAUAUUUAGACACAAGCGAUAUCAUUACGAAGAACGGCGGCAGUAUCACCCCCGCUAUACAAAGAUUGUUAAGCAGCACGCUGCCCACGGGCGUGCUUCAAUCCACCCAAACACGGUCAUCAAAUCCCACGAGUACGAUGUGGAAAGCAAAACCUGGACCUUGACCACCGACCCACCUAUCCCCAACCUCCCCCCAAUCGACUAUAUUUACUUUGCUACCGGGGCCCGUGCCGACGUCCUCGAGAUGCCGCUUCUUGAUCACAUCAACGAGCAGUACCCAAUCGAAGUCAUCGAAGGUCUACCUUGCUUGACAGAAGAUCUCAUGUGGAGAGAUGACGUGCCAUUGUACAUGACCGGGCGAAUGGCGGGACUUCGUCUUGGGCCCGGAGCACCGAAUCUCGAAGGGGCCAGGCUUGGCGCCGAAAGAAUCUCCUGGAGCUUGGAAGAGACACUAGGGAAGAACCGGGAGGUUGGGGAGCAGUGCGAGGGGUUCUGUGGCCUUGGUAAUCGGUAUGCUUCGCUGCUCGAGGAGGCGGGCGAGUAG